AUCCGAGCGUCUGUCAACAUCCAUGGUGACAAGAACGUUGAUUGAAACGCAUUAUUUGUGUCAAUAAUGUCCGACAGACAGGGCCCAUAAAAGGCCCGCACAAUCGCCCUCACUGUCAUUGACAUCCAUCCUCCCACUGGGAAAAACCAAACCACUGACUCACUGCACUGGCACACCACCACGACAAACCACUCACUCAUUGACCACACACCCCACACCCACACGCCAAGUCAUCGACCCUAUCUUAUCUGUAUUCCACCUGCCGCUCUGCAGCGGCCGUGCCCUCCCCUUCCCCCUCGUCGACCUCCCACCGCCAGCCGCCCUCCGGCCCACCAGGCAAAUCGUCAGCCCCCUGCCACUGCAGCAUGCCCCUCCUCUCAUCGCCGUUGACCCGAACGAGCAUCUCGUCAUCGUACAGGUGCAUCAGGUCCUCGUCUUCAUCCUCAAACCACGAUGAGCCCCUCCCGCUGCGCGUCCGCCCCAAGGGGAGGGUCUCCAGUUGUUGGUCUGUGUCUUCUGUCGGCCACCGACCGGCAGGUAUUCCGACAGGCCCCCGCUGCUGAGGCUGUGGUGGCCGUGGUGGCUUCCGCGACAUCAUCUCCUCGCCCAUCUGCUGCAGGACGACCUCAGCUGCAGCACUGUAGAUGUCGUCAUAGGCUCGGUCAAAGGAAGUCGUCUCGCGAUUGGCAAGAGCAUCAACCCUAUCAGCCGCAUCUCCGUCAGGGAAGCGGUCGGCCUCCAUUGGUGAGUGCGGUCCAGUCCAGAAGGGCAGAGAAGGUUGGGAAGGCCGGCCGUCUCGUUCCAUUAUCAUCCCCUGCACAAGAACCUCAUCCACGUCAGCCGGCUCGAAGGCCGGCAGAAGCGGGUGGUCAUCUGAGUCAGUAGUGGGCGAAGGUUGAGGUGGGUGGGGAGGGGCAGAGGAAGCAGCGACAGUUCUCUUGACAACGGGCGGGAGAUCCAAGCCGAGCUCCUCGAUGUCGUAAUCCUCCUCCUCUCGGAUGGCCUCAUCGUCCGCCUCGCCGCCCUCUUGACCCCCACCAGCUCUCUUCCGUGCGGCGACUGCAGUCUCCGUCUCGAAUGGGUGCGGGUUGCCUUUGCUGAGCUCCUGCUCGACGACGGCGUCCAUCACUCCACUCAGGUCGACUCUGUGCUCCGCCACCCGGCUGACCACGAUGGGCUCCGUACGGACGCCAGAGACAUCGACGCCUGCACACCAAAGAGAACCGUGGUGGAUACAGGCCAGGCAUGUGUCGCCUGUGCUCACACACGUACCAGUGAAGAAGUCCACUGUCGCAUCCGAUGACGACAGGAUCGCCCUGGCCGGCACGGAGGCCACCUCCCCCCCUGUACCUUGCCCCUCGACGCCCCCCGCACCCCGCCCCCUCCGUGCGCGCCUGAGGGGGACCUCGUCAUCCAGCGCCAUGCUGUAGAUGCCGUCGCUGCCCACCAGGUCCUCAUCCUCUAGAGCCGCUGAGGGGGCGGGGGGCGACAGCGGCACGUCGAUGGACCCGGAUGACGGCUGCGAGAAGGGGGAGGGCGGGAAGAAGUCGGGAGGCUCGUCAAGGGCGGCCGCCGCCAGGGGCCGCUGAGGCAACACGUCAAAGUGGAGCUGACACAGACACAGAGGGAUAGGUGGGUACGUUCCUUCACUGCUGAGCUGAUUGAUGUGUGGCCAUUGGCGUAUAUUCAUUGUGCUCUCUCUCUUUGGUAUACUAUGGCUACCGGUGGGUGUUUCCACUUGAGGACGCCCUCUGCCUCUUUCUCUUUCCGCACUGGCGGUGUGGGGAUCUCCGUUGUGUCAGGGGUGGAGGGGGCCUCUCCUGGCGUGGCCAUCGCCCACGGCACGGCAGCCAUCACGUCUGCAGCCGACGGACCGCUGUCACGGUCGCUGUCAACAUUUUUGGUGCCGUUCCGUCGUGCAGGCUUCUUCUUGGGUGCAGGGCUCUCUGGUGGCUCCAUCCGGGCUGCCUGGCUCUUGGCGCUGACACAAUGAGCGGCACACACAAACGAGUCAGAUGAGUGAGUGUCUUGUGUGCUGGAAGGAGAAUGACGAGUCUCGUGCGUCUGUGUCUUACAGCCGCUGCACAGUUGCUUUGUGGAAGGAUGCGGGGUCCGUCGUGACCAUGGCUUCGAAGCAUGCUUGUGCUUCGAGCGGCACUCGCUCCUCCGGGAGACGCCGCAUGGCCACGGGUGGCAGCUGGUACAUUGCACCCCUGCCGCCCUCUGUGGGCAGCCAAACCUGGGCAGAAACACACACACAGACAGAGAGGGAGAUGGGCGCCAGUCUGAAGGCAGCCGGCUGUCUGCUUAUUCCAUCCUCGGUUCGGUCGCUCACAUCUGCGAGAGGUUCGUCGCCGAGAUGUGUGGCUUUGUCGAAGAGGCCGAUGCUGCCCUUGUAGGCCUUGGACACGCUGUCCUGCGUCUCGACAAUCUCCACAUAGCACCCGCACUCCAGCUCAGAAAGGAUGGCCUCGCCUACACGUUGGUUGACCAAACCAACGACACACAGAACUUGGUCUCUCUCACAGACUGCUGUGCGUGUGAACCGGCUUACCGUCUGACAGUAUGGGGCCGUUUUCCACGAGUGCGAGAGUGGUCUCCAUCUCAUGGGCUGGCACCGGCUCUGGCUGCAGGAAGACAUGGCUGCCCCUGAUGAAGUAACAGAAUCACACGCACACACGCACACAGGAAUGGCAUGUGAUUCUCUCGUGUGGGUGGUUGUUGUUGUCUGUCUGUCUGUCUUACUGCGUCACAUCUGUUCCCCUGGGCACCUCCCUCUGCUCCAUGCCCACCACCUCACGAGCAAACCGCAUCCGCAGCAACUCACGGUACACCUCAGGACUCAUCAACGCCUUGACGUACACCUGACACACAACACACAACACACACACUCUCAUUCCAUACGCAACGGUCGAUCUCUCUCUGCGGACUUACCCGUCCCGGCUCGAACGCCUUGAGUUGCACUUUCGGUUUGCCCGUCGCCGGGAAGUUGACCCUGCCUCUCGUAGGAUAGACGCAGUCAAAGACCCUCUCCUCCAGCAGACUGCCCUUGCGGGCCACCUCGGCAAUGAGCGACUCGCGAAAGGAAUUCUCCCGGUUGGCACCCACAGACACGCAAUACCACUCCGGCUCGUCAGUGGUCGGGAUGAAUGGGCUCAUGCGGUUCAGAAGGGCGGUGUCGAUGUAGUCGCCCUUCUGCUUGCGGGCCGAGAGCACUGACGGACGCCGCCGAGGGUCGCUGCUGAGCCGAGUCGGCGGGAAGGUGAACGCAGAGCGGCCAGCAUGGUCUCUGUGAACGGUGUGCACAGGACCUCGCCGCGUCAGAUGUCGCAUCCGUGCGCCUCUGGAAGCCACCAUCCGCCCUUUAUUGGUGAGGUCUGCGAGCACCAGCCGUCCGUGGCAGCAGAUGAUGAGGUGAUGGAUGAAGAUGAGGGCGAUGACUAGCAGCAUAAAGGGCGGCAAUCCUGCUGAGAGGAUCGGCAGCCACAGUGUGAGCGGAUGCAGGAUGGCUGGCGUUGGCCUCCUCCUGAUGACUCCUGCGGAAGUCAUCGAUGCACGCUGACUCAAACACGCCGCCUUUGAUGUGCCGAAUUCAGCAUGAUCCUCCCAGCAGAUCUUGAACAGCUACGUUCACUGUACUCUGUCCUCACCAUUUCGCUUCCUCUCCAGCUGGAGCCAAGGCGUCAAGCAAGGC